AUGGCCUCUCUCUUCAAGAAGAAGACUGUGGACGAUAUAAUAAAGGAGCAAAAUCGAGAGUUAAGAGGUACACAGAGGGCUAUAACCAGAGACAGAGCAGCACUUGAAAAACAGGAAAAACAACUGGAGCUGGAAAUAAAGAAAAUGGCUAAGACUGGUAACAAAGAAGCCUGUAAAGUGCUAGCAAAGCAGCUUGUACAACUGCGGAAGCAGAAAAAUCGAACCUAUGCUGUUAGCUCUAAAGUCACUUCUAUGUCUACGCAAACAAAAGUCAUGAACUCUCAGAUGAAGAUGGCAGGAGCUAUGUCAACUACAGCAAAAACAAUGCAAGCAGUUAAUAAGAAAAUGGAUCCACAAAAGACACUCCAAACUAUGCAGAAUUUCCAGAAGGAAAACAUGAAGAUGGAAAUGACUGAAGAAAUGAUUAAUGAUACGCUGGAUGAUAUUUUUGAUGCUUCUGAUGAAGAAGAAGAAAGCCAAGAUAUUGUCAACCAAGUGCUUGAUGAGAUAGGAAUUGAAAUCUCUGGAAAGAUGGCCAAAGCUCCAUCAGCUGAUAGAAGUUUACCAUCUGCAUCAACAUCAAAAGCUGCUACCAUAUCAGAUGAAGAGAUUGAACGACAACUGAAAGCUUUGGGAGUUGAUUAGCUUGAUGGCAAUACACAGUCUGCCUUCUAAUUAUUCAUCUGCAGACAGAUGUAAAAAGUGCAAAAACUCUUUCAAUGCAACUGAUGUUUAUGAAAACUGAAGCUUCAGAAAUGAGAACUUGAAGUUGGCAAUGAGGGAAGGAGAAGGGGAGAAUAUUUUUUGUCAAUUUACAGGGAGAAGUGUACUUGGUGUGUCCAUUGCAUGGAGUCCUUUUGAGCACUGGACCAACCAGGGAUGUAAUUCUAGUGGUAGAUUCAUUUAUGCCUGAUCUGAAUAUGUCUUCUAAAUUCAAAGCUUUCUUCUAUCUCAGUUCCUGAUCUCUCCUUAGAACUGGCUACUCUGUGGCUGUAGGGAUGCCUCCUUGGA